GGUUCUAUCGGAUAUCCAUUUAGGUCCGGGUUCGGUUCGGAUAAUACCUAUAACCCAAUAUACCAAAAAACAGGAUCCAUUCGGUAUUUAUGUCGGGUUCGGAUCGGUUCGGAUUCAUUUUUAUCGGAUCGGGUUCGGUUCGGAUUUUCGGGUUCGGUUUAUUUGCCCAGCCCUAUCUAUGACUCUGCCCCUGCAGCCAGCCCUCUCAUGAAAAAUAACCCCAACAGUGUUGCAGCAACAAAAUUCAGUGUUUUAAUUUCCGUAGAAAGCGUAAUGUCUAUUACUAUUACACUAGUACUACACGUCGCUAUUUGGGGUACACUAUCAAAUAACGCAGCUUUACUAUUCCAUUUUAACAUAUUAAAACUUUACUUUCCUUCUGUAUAGUGACCAUUAUUCAUAGAAAAUAGUUGAAAUGUGCAUAUGAAGACGGUAGGUGUCUCUUAAUUUCACUAAAAUACAUAGGUUACCUAAAAUACUGACCAUCUAAAUAUUUUAUGAUUGUUGCAGAUGGGUUUUACCUAACUUUAAACCUAGUUUGAUAGUCUAAGGGUUUCAUAAGAAGACAAUAAGCCCACAAAAAAACCCCAUUUCACAUUUAAAAAGAUUACUGUCGAUAUCUAACGCGGUUAACCUAAAAUGUAAAGAUGAUUUAAGACAUUAAAGACAGUUUUCAAAACACUGGAUACUUGUGGGAGAGCACACCAUCAUUAGGAUUUUCUUCUUAACGUUUAUAAAAAGACGAAAAAAGAAAAGGAGAGGAAGAGCCAAUUCAUCUCAUAUCAUGACUUAUACUCAAAUUACUUUAGUAUUCUCUUACUAUCUGCUACUCCUUAUUCAUCACAAUUGUAUAAGCUUAUAAGUUUAAUAACAUACACUUUUCAUACCUAACUUACCGUUAAACAGUCUUAUUAUAAAUUACUUCCCCGAUACAUUAGUAUAAAUCUUAACCCUAUUUUUUUAGUUAAAUUUAAGAUUUGUCAUUUGUCAAUAGGAGGAGGGGAAAUUCAACACACCCCUCUGAAGAUUCUGACGUAAAUUAAACCAACAUCACAGUGAGAUAAAUUUAACGGGUUCUAGGUUUAGAGAUAUAUAUAUAUAUAGGUUUGUAUGUAAAUGUUUAAAUAUUAAAAUUUUUAAAGUUUAUAAGUAAAUAUUUAAAGAUUUGUAUAUAUAAUUUGGUUUUAUAAUUUAAGAAUUUUUUUUGUGAUUUAGUGUUUAUAUGUUUAUGGUUUAGAGCUUGAUAAUUUAGUUUAAAAGUAAUUUUUAAAGGUUAAAGGUUAUGUUUACGAUUUAGGGGUUUGGAGUUUGUGGACAGAGGGUUUAGAGUUUAGAUAUAAAGGUUUGUGCUUAAGAUUUCAAAACUUUGUAUUUAAAAGUUAUAACUUGUCAAAAGGUUUAGAUCUUAGUUUAUGUUAUAUUAUAGUAUUUAGUUUUUUUAUUUAAUGUUUAUGGUUCAAAUUUUAUAUGUAUUUUUAAAUUAUUAAUUUUAUUGAAAGAUAAAUAUAUUAAUAGUUGUAAAAUGAUUAUACGUGUAUAGUUAAUAGUUAUAUUUUGUUUUAGUGGUUUAUAAUUUCAUUAUUAUUAUUAAAAUUUUAAAGUUGAUGAUUUGAUGUUUAUGAUAUAGUGUAUUAGGAAAGUAAUUUAGGGUUUAAAUUUAAGAUUUAAAUCAAGUUUAAAGAAAAUGAGAUCUAAAGUUUAAGUUAAGAUUUGGAUUUAAUUUUUGAAAAUAUUAUAUUUGAAAAAUUGAAUUUAAUGUUUGGACUAUAUGAUUUAAGUUUUAAGUUCAGGGUAUAGAAAAAAUUAAUAUACCACAUAAGUUAUGUGGUAAAAUCAUGGCUAUCAAGACAACCACAGAAGUAAUGUGGCAAAGAAGUGCUAAAAUAGUAGCCACAUAAAUAAACGUGGCAAAGUUGUGGCUACAUGUAUAGUCACUGUUAUUUCCAGACUAAACCUUGGUUAAUAUAAGAAUAUUUUAUUUGUUGACUAGAUAGUGAGUUACAUGUCAACUAUAUAUUUUUCAGAGCUAUUUUUAAAUUAUGGUUAAAAUGUAGCUGACCGUAAUUUUUUUUUAGUUACGAUUUUAUUAUAUCAUAAGAUUUAUGUGGUGUUUAUUUAAUAGUUAUAGUGUUUUUUUUUUUGCAACAUAGGCUAUACUAAACUAAGAAUAUCCUGAGUCCGAGAACCAACUCGGUAGAAUCGAAUCAGUAUAAACCAUAGAAGAAGAUGAAUCUGAGCAUUUUAUGCAAGUUUGUCAAGCCAUUGUGUUCUUUUGUUUUAGGAUAUAUUAAAUGCCGAAGUGAGUGAAGAAUUCCUUACAAUGAUGAAAUUCUUCGAAAUGCGUAGUGAAAGUCGGCCAUUCUUUCGGUGCAGACACUAUCUUCACCAGUUGAGAACUGUCAGCUGGAAACACCACCUCCUUGUAUGAUAGUGUCUUCAUACAUUCCAUUAUAGAGUCUUCGUACAUUCCACUGCCAGAUUAGAGCUUCCAUUCAUCAUGUAAGGGUGACAAGCUUCGUCGGAUAUUCAUGGCUCUCAUCAUUUUUUCAGAUGAACCCUCUUUUUUACAAAACCAUCUUUGUCCUGAAAAUUUAUCAUGUUCUUUCCAAGCGCCAUCGAAAAAAACACCAUUUAUCCUCCCACAAUAAUUGGGGAUAACUGUAUCACAUCUCUGUAAGAAACAAUUGUCUGAUUUUUGCGCAUCUGUCUAUAAAUCUCCUUCAAUGUUCGCUAUCUGUAAUAUCUCCUGUGGAUAUUCAUUUUUACCUUUAAAAACUUUGUCAUUCCUAUUUUUCAUAUAUACCACAUUAUCCGAAAGAAAUUCCCAAAAUUCGCCUCCUUAGACAAUUUUCAAAACAAAUAAGCAAUAUUUGUUAAAAACCAAAACUCUCGGAUAAAACUCUGUGUUUGAUGGGAUUUUUUAGAGUGCCCACGUUCAUACCGCUGGUGGGCAUUCAAACCGAGCAUGAUUUAUGGUUUCCUCUUUCGCUCCAAAAACAAUACAUUAUGAAUCAUAUUUAAUGCCAAGAGUCUGUAAGUUUUUUGUGACUUGUAAACACCCAGAUAUUGCUUGCCAAAGAAAGUAUCUUAUUUUGGAGGACAUUGUAAAGUCCAUGUAAAUGCCAGUAGGAAUUUCGUGACAGGACCAAAAGAAUUUUGAUAUGCUAAUCGCAUGUCCGGUUGUGAUUUUUCCAUUUUAUACCCGAUUUGACUGUAUACCUUCCUGUAACCGUGGGAUUCCAUCCAUACAUAUCUGGUUUAGAUGACCGACUAACCGGAAUACACGGAAUAAUCGUUACAUCAUCAGGAUGUAUGUAUACCUUAAGUAGAUCCUCAUUCCAUGGAAAAUUCACUGGAUUGAUUAAAUUUUCUGUUCUUAUUAGAGGGUCGGAAAUUGAAUUUGAUGUUUUGGUAAUGCUGACAUCGAGCGAGGAGUAGGGAUCCAAAGAUCAUUUCAUACAUAAAUAAGUUUUCAUGUUCCCGAUAUUUUGAUUAGUCCUUUGUUAACCAGUGAUUGAGCUGAAGUAAUGCUUUUACAUCUUUAAAAUGGAGAAUAAGAUUUUAGUGGAUCAAGAGGAUCUGAUCUCCGAUAAUAUUUUCCUUUUAAAAAUUUUGGCGAAUAGUGGUUCUAGUUAAUCAAUUAGCCUCUAUAACUGCUUUGCUAAUAGAGCGGUAUUAAAACUUUGUAAUCUCAAAAACCUAUGCAUCCAUCCUAUUUAUCCGUACAUAUUUUGUCUCAAGUUAACCAACGGAUACCUUAUUAUUACUGCUACAACUCAACCAAAAGUAUGUAAUUUCACUUGUUAAUUUCCUUGUGACUGUUUUUAGCAAUCGAAAACAAGACAUGACAUGUGUUCGCAUAGCAGAUCUCACUAACUUUAAAAGUACCUCCUUUCUGCCUUUUGCGAGAGGUCGUAUAGUCCAACUGUUCAUUGAGGUAACCAAAUAUCUGUGUUUUGGAGCCACCAAGACUCUAUAGAAUACCCAAAUAGUUCUCAUUUCUCCAAUGGUGUAAAUUACAAGUAUAUGCUGAACUUCUUCCCUUACAGGAUCCAGGAUUUUGUGUCCAAACUGGUUUAGAUGAUUUCAUAAAUUUUAUUUGUUGCCCAAGGCCUCUUCGUAAUCUUUCAAAAAUUUAAAAUAACCUCACAUUGUUUGUUUAUUUUUGUACAAAACAACAAACUAUCAUCUGCAAAUAAUAGAUGUGAUAUCGGUGGUCUCCCUGUUGCUAUUUUAAUCUUGUCAAAAGUGUUUCUUUUUCUUUUUUGCCGAAAGUUAGCAAUAAGAACUCCCGUACAUAAGAUAAAAAGAUAUGGUGAUAAAGGAUCUCCCUGCCUCAAACCUCUUUAGGGACAAUAUGUCAUUUUGGUUGUCCAUCUAUUAAAACUUUAUACUACACUGGGGAUAUACACUGCAUCAUCCUCAAAACCCAUGUUGUUGAGAAACCCACUUUAGCAGUACUUUACCUACAAACGGAAAUUAUUCCAGAUCAUACGCUUUACUCAUAUCCGUUUUAUGGCCAAAUUUUUUCCCUUGCAUGUCUUAUUUAUUUGUAGCCCAUGGAACAUCUCUUGCGCGAUCAAAAUAUCAUCUGAAUUAAUUUUCCAGAAACAAAGACAUAUUGUGUUUCCAAAAUAAAAUGUGGGAAUAAGCAUUUUAGCCGCUGACACAAAACUUUGGAAAUAAUUUUAUAUCUCAUGUUGCAUAAACUUAUCGAUCGUAACUCUGUCAUACGACUUGGCCUGGUCGUCUUAAGAACAAGAUAUAUAUUUAUUGAAUUAAGGCGUUCAUCCAAAAAACCAGUCCGCAGAAAAUCAUUAACUAUACUCACUACAUCCGUUUUAAUAAUUAAUCAAGAUUGCUGAAAAAAAAGAGUUGUCAUUCCAUCAGACCCAUGAAUUUUUUUGGAUGCAUCAUAAAAAAAGCUACCCUCACUUCCACCUCAAUAGCUAAAGUAGUCAGUACAACAUUCUGAUCAUCAGUAAUUGUUGUUGGUACCUCUUGUAAGAAAUCAUCAAAGUCAGUAGGCAUCACCGACUUGAAUUCGUUAUAACAGGUUAUUGCGACUUUCUCGACCUCUAAAUCCUAAGGGACCCAUAUAUCAUCAGUUAAAAUAGGUUAUUACGAUUUUUAUUUUGGAUCCGUCGCUGUAUAUGAAGUCAAAGAGUUUCUAAAAUAAAAGUCGUAAAAGUAUUUAACUGAUGGUUUUAGGUAGUCUCUAUAAAUAUUCUUUAGCUUUUUUUUUGUCAAGGGAUAUGUCCAAAAUAACCCAAGAGUGGAUAAAUGUUUAAAUAUAUAUGGGAAGAAGUUCAGCAUAUGCAGAAUUUUAUCCAUACAUAUUUUGUCUCAAGAAAACCAACAGAUACCUUAUUAUUACCGUAAUACUUUUAUGACUUUUAUUUUGGAAACUCUUCGACCCCAUGUACCGUAACUGAUGGACAUAUCCAAAAUAACCCAAGAGUUGGACAUAUCCCUUGACACAAAAAAAAGUUAAAGAGUAUUUAUAAAAGUAGGACAUAUCCCUUGGACCAGAGGAUAUAUAUAUAUCGUAACUCUAAAGAAAUACUGGGUGCCUUAUUUUCAUUUUUUUUCUUCCCAAAUUGAAUUAUAUUAGAACAACAAAAUACAUAGUCUACUGCAUAAGCUGAAGUAAGAAGAAAAUAUCCUCAGAAGCUAAUUAAAUCCCAUAAGAAGAGAAACUAAAACCCAUAAGAAGGGACCCUUAAACCCACACACGGGGAACAUAAACAACCAGGCAAAUUUCAAAACUUAAAUCCCCACAUUACUGAGAGCUCAAAGGAGAGGACGGAAGAGAUAGUAACCAUGAACCUUAGAACCAUCGGAAGCUUACAAGGAGACAGCCAAACGAAACAAGGAUGGGCCUCCAAUAAGGACAGACCACCAACACUUGAGAGCUUGACAACUAAACCAAAGAACAGAAACAGGUCCACCCGCCACACACAGCAGGACAGAGUACAACACACCUUAAAUCAGACUUUUUCACCGGAAAGAAGCCAGUAGCAACCAAAGUAUCCUCGGGACGCUUCACCGUUGCAGAAAAACCUCAAAGACACAUACCAUUCCGCACCAAACUUAUUUUGUAAUUGCUUAUGUAAAAAAAAAAAAAUAAUUGCUUAUGUAACUUUAAACCAGCUUUCAGAAAACUAUUUAUGUAACUGUAGUCUAUAGUUAAAUAUCGUGAUACUGAAUAUACAUGUAUAAUCAGUAUGGGGCUAGAUAAACACAAUUCAAUAAUCCGUUUCAUCGUCAACUCGGUCAGUAAAGUUUGGCUUUGAGGACUUAAUUUGCUUUUCGAUUUGGAUUACACUGUUACUAUUUGAAUAUCGCAAGCGCUUUUGUUUUAAGUUGAAAAGUAACUAUUUUAUACUAAUAAAAAGGCAUUGCAGACUUGACGAAGCUUUUAUUUAUUUAUUCGAACGCCAACCAUUUGUGAUCCUAGAAGGCACAUAGUAGCAGCCUACCACCAUAAGAGAGGUAGAUUAUAAUAUACAGGCUUUCGACACGACCUUAUCUAGACUACUAGAAACUAAUUAAACAUAGUAGUAGAUUAUAACCAUACAGAUUCGAAAAAUUCUUCUAAGGCUGCUGAAAGUUGGUCUCAUACCAUUGAUGCAUAGUGGAAUUGGUGGAGAAGACGAGAACAUUUGCCUAUACUCCACGUUUUUAGUCUUUGUUCUCCAAUAUAUUUAUAUAUAUAUAUAUAUAUAAUUUGCUAAUUAAUUUAUUUUAGGUAUAUCUGUUGGGAAAGACGCGGGAAGGAGAAAAGGUGUAUGAAACAAAGGAGAUUGAUGUGUUUCAACGACGACGUGGUCUUCCUUUCUCAUCCUUUAUAUUAAAACUUCACCUCCUCUUCCCAUAUCAUCAUCAAUAUUCUCUCCUCUGUUCUAAUUUGGACAAAUGGCCACGGGAAACAAAGGAAGACAACUGCCAAAGUUUGGGGAAUGGGACGCCACUAAUCCAGCCUCAGCACAAGGGUUCACCGUCAUCUUCAACCAGGCUCGUGACGACAAGAAGACCAAGAAAACAGCUGUCGCGGGACCUGAGAGUCUGGUUACACCUCCAGUAAACAUUGAGCCUCAGCGGAGACACAACCAUCAUAAUAAUAAACGUAAUCCCCAAAUCCAACGAGAAAAGGUACCUUCUUCUUUCCACCCCCAAAACCAAAUCUUGACAAAAAAAGAGAGUAGGCUUCUCACAGAUAUUAGCUUCUUCUCUGUUUUGCAGAAGGGAUGGCUAUGUUUCCGCUAACUCGGUUGAAGAAGUCGAUGAUAAGGAAGCAGAACCAGUGAGCUGUUGCAAACUUGUCUUCUUCUUGCUUCACUUUUUUUGGGUACAUAAAUAAAUUAUAUUUUACAUUGUUCUUGGUUCGAAUAUAUAAAGAUUGAGAUAUGUCCUUAGUAGUCAUGUAAUACAAACUGCAUAAACGUCAUGUUAUAUGUCUGAAUACUCAAGAGCCUGCGUCUCAAACCCCUUUGCGGCAAAAAAACAAACAUCAACUGUCCUCAGGUUCCAAAACUUAAAACUGAUCGCAGUUUAUGCAGCUAUAGUAAAGUUAUACGAAUAAAGAACCAAUGGAAAAAAACAGACAGGCUCCAUUUAUAACCUCAAGAGGUAGAGGGUGGUGGAUAGAUUACAAAAGUUCUUUGGUGAAAAUCUGUCAAAAGCACCGAGGAUAGGCUUGCCGCAUAGAUAUUGUUCAGAGAGUGUAGUUUUUUAACCUAAACGUUUGUUACGAAAAUUU